GAUAACAAUUCCGAUGAAAUAUAUCUAUAUGGUGCACAAAUGUCAAAUCAUUGAUUACAUUACUAGAAAAGAAGAUUUAAUUUUUGAAGAAGUAGGCUAAUGUUAGUGGCGUCAGUGCAUUGUUUGACCCGACAUACUCGUUUCCCUACGUGCAUGUUUAUGCAUGCACUCAGAGCUUAUUUAUGAAACUUUAUGUGAACUCCUAAUCAAGAGGGGAUAUAGCAAAAAUAUCAAGGACAACCUUUGUACCCACAAGGACUUUAUAUGCAAAGGUUUAUUUCUUGACACAGAGAAAGGAAAUAUUCUUAAGUUAUCUCAUGAUGGGAAAAUCCUUAGGUGUAGCCAUGGAACCAGGAUGAUGGAUAAAGCUGAGAUAAUAUCUGUGUAUGGUCAAGAUUUACAAUGGGAACACUUUGAAGAGGCUAUAGGAUGUGUUAAGUUCCAUGGAGAGGAGUAUAAGUACCGACUUUUUGAGACUUAUUUUGACAUCCCAGCUAUUGUAUGUUGUGCUCGCAUUGUUGAUGUGCUAGAUGAAGAGAAUGGAGGGCCGCAUGACAAGUAUGACUUUUUUAAGGAUGUUUAUGAUGCCAUUGGAGAUUUUUACUUUCCUCCAUCUGAAGGUGAGGAAGGCUUGUUAUUUGAAGGGGUAAGAAAGAAACCGGAAAAGUAUCUACAGCCCUGCAGUAAUGGAGUGAAAGAAUGGCUGAUGGAAUUAAAGGGAGAUAAUCGUGUUGUAUUCCUAAUGACAUCCUCUAAGAAUAGAUAUGCUGAAAUGGUUGUAGAAACUGUGCUUGGGUCAGACUGGAAAAACUAUUUUGAUAUUUACAUCACCUAUGCAAAGAAAACUGGAGGGUUUUUCACAAAGAAUGAAAAAUUCAAAGAGGGAGGAGUAACAGGGAAGGAGGUGGAUUCACUGGAGCCAAAGAAAACCUACUCUGCCGGAAAUUACCCAGACUUGAAAACAUUCCUGGAAAAACAAACAAAAAAAUCAGAUCCAAAGGUAGUUUAUUUUGGAGAUUGUCUGUGUUCGGACAGUUUUCCUGCCAAAGUGUAUGGAAACUGGGAUGUUGUGCUGGUCCUGGAGGAAAUGGAGGCUGAGGGUUACCAUCCGGGAUUAAAAGAUGUACUUGAACCCAAACGCAAAGUCCCCAAACAUGAGGUUGACCUGUACAUAGACCCAGAAGAGGAGCAGUACAUUUUGUCUGAAGGUUGGGGGUCAUUUUUCUACCAUGAAGAAGAAGACCCAAAACAUGAUAAACAUAUGAACACAUACUGGGGAAGGAUCAUCAGUCAAUACAAUGCUAUAGCAGUCCCUACUGUAGAAUACAUAGCUGGUAUGCCAAUCAACCACAGAUAUAAGAAGUUCAAGGAAUCUGAAGUGGGCAAUACGGACGGGUUCUACCCAGGCAAACCUAAACCACUGCUUUCUGAUAUAUGAUUUCAGCUGUAGUCAUCCGAAACUAAGGAAAUCAAGGAACCUUAACUCUGACUGAAUUUAAUGACCAUUUAAAAAUUGUUUCUUUAGAAAAUUGUCAAAUCAUUUAAAGGUUAUAUAUGUCAAAUUUGCACUACCACGUACAGUAAAAAAUAGAAAAAAGAAAGUACCGUAAAUUCUUAUUGCAAUGAUAAAGAAAAGAUACUAUUUUCCUUUAAAAAUUGUCAGACCUAAUUUCUUAUUGCAAUUUAUGAUUAUAAAUUCCUCGUAUCGAUAUCCUGUAGAUGUGGAAAAGUUAUUUACGAGUACACUGUAUUGUAGUUUUUAGUUCAGUUUAGAAUUAUUUUUACAUCUUGCAAGCCAAAGGUUAGAGUUUAUAUUAUUAUCAAAGCGAUUGGUUUAGAUGACCUUCCUGGUACAGUAAAUUCAUUCCUGCCUUAUAAUUUAAUAGUAUAGGUAUACAUCAGUGUUCUUUUGAAUUCAGCUGUGGCUUUUAUUAACUUUUUGUUAAGAGAUAUACGUGUAUUGAUAUAAUUUAUUUAGAUGUGGUGAUUUAAUCACUAGUUUUUUUGUAUAUUAAAAUGCCUCGUAGUUAUUACCCCUUUGUUUGAAAGGUAUGACUAAGUGAUCUAAUCACGGUGCUCUUCCUCAAUAUUUUUACAUUCAAGUUCAUGCUCAUGUGAUCUCAGACUUUAUGAUAUAAAACAAUUCCAACCGUUUAUUGUACAAAAAUAAAUGAAGGAAUUUUUGUUCAGGUACAACCAAAGUGUCUUGUGAAUAGACCAUAUAAUCAUAAGUUUCUAUAUUGGUAUGAUGUUUUAAAACCUUGAACUGCAGACAUAUGCCAUAAAUGACAAUGACUAUUUAAGAAUUGAAAUAGGAGAAAUCAUUCUAAAACAUGGGUAUGUGCUUUUUCAUCAAAGAAAACGAAAAGUUUGCCUUAUUUACUGUAGCAUUCCUGUGAUAGUGUACCUUGGCAGGAUAUCUAAAGAAUGUAAGCUACCCAUAUUAUAGGUAGUAUAAUUCUUCUUUUAUUGAAUACAUAAGACUUAAUUAUAUAACGGAAUAUAACAAGAGAAGCUGAGACUGUUUGUCCAUCAAUCAACCAGUAACUGUCUCAUUACACCUGUGAGUGUCUCAUUACACCUGUCUCACAAUACCUGUCUCAUCGCUUUUCUUAACUUCAUUACUACAUGUUGUACUAAGAACAUUAUGAUGGCCAUUUUUUUAUCUGCUGUAUUUUAUCUAGUCUAGUUUGGUUUUUUCCAUAUCAGAUCUAUCAAAAAUAUGAGAAUUAUUUUAAAUUUCUGUAAAAUAUAUAUCGUCAGUGAACUUUUUUUAUUGUAUGCAAUUAAAAAUUCCUGGAGAAUC